AUGGUCACCCCAGAAGAUGCAAACGAGGUAAACCAUCAUCCCAGAUCACAACAAUUUGUCAUUGUCAAAGGCGGUUACCCAAACAUAGGCGGUUACCCAAAGAUAGGCGGCUACCCAAACAUAGGCGGCUACCCAAACAAAGGCGGCUACCCAAACAUAGGCGGCUACCCAAACAAAGGCGGCUACCCAAACAUAGGCGGUUACCCAAACAUAGGCGGUUACCCAAACAUAGGCGGUUACCCAAACAUAGGCGGCUACCCAAACAUAGGCGGCUACCCAAACAUAGGCGGCUACCCAAACAUAGGCGGCUACCCAAACAUAGGCGGUUACCCAAACAUAGGCGGUUACCCAAACAUAGGCGGCUACCCAAACAUAGGCGGCUACCCAAACAUAGGCGGCUACCCAAACAUAGGCGGCUACCCAAACAUAGGCGGCUACCCAAACAUAGGCGGUUACCCAAACAUAGGCGGCUACCCAAACAUAGGCGGCUACCCAAACAUAGGCGGCUACCCAAACAUAGGCGGUUACCCAAACAUAGGCGGUUACCCAAACAUAGGCGGCUACCCAAACAAAGGCGGCUACCCAAACAUAGGCGGCUACCCAAACAUAGGCGGUUACCCAAACAUAGGCGGCUACCCAAACAUAGGCGGCUACCCAAACAAAGGCGGCUACCCAAACAUAGGCGGCUACCCAAACAAAGGCGGCUACCCAAACAUAGGCGGUUACCCAAACAUAGGCGGUUACCCAAACAUAGGCGGUUACCCAAACAUAGGCGGCUACCCAAACAUAGGCGGCUACCCAAACAUAGGCGGCUACCCAAACAUAGGCGGUUACCCAAACAAAGGCGGCUACCCAAACAUAGGCGGUUACCCAAACAUAGGCGGUUACCCAAACAUAGGCGGUUACCCAAACAUAGGCGGUUACCCAAACAUAGGCGGCUACCCAAACAUAGGCGGCUACCCAAACAUAGGCGGCUACCCAAACAUAGGCGGCUACCCAAACAUAGGCGGCUACCCAAACAUAGGCGGCUACCCAAACAUAGGCGGCUACCCAAACAUAGGCGGCUACCCAAACAUAGGCGGCUACCCAAACAUAGGCGGCUACCCAAACAUAGGCGGUUACCCAAACAUAGGCGGCUACCCAAACAAAGGCGGCUACCCAAACAUAGGCGGUUACCCAAACAUAGGCGGUUACCCAAACAUAGGCGGUUACCCAAACAUAGGCGGCUACCCAAACAUAGGCGGCUACCCAAACAUAGGCGGCUACCCAAACAUAGGCGGCUACCCAAACAUAGGCGGCUACCCAAACAUAGGCGGCUACCCAAACAUAGGCGGCUACCCAAACAUAGGCGGCUACCCAAACAUAGGCGGCUACCCAAACAUAGACAUCAAGGAUUGUUGA